AUGAAAAGUAUGCGCCUCGCCGCGCUCCUGCUCGCCGCCCGCGCGGCCUCGGUCGCCGGCCAGAUCCUCCCCGCGGCGGCCGCGUUCGGCGCUGACCUCGUCGCGUACUACGCGUUCGACGAGGGGUCGGGCUUCGACCUGAAGGAGGCAGUGUCCGGGCAACUCGACGGGAAGGUGCUGUACGAGGCGGAGGAUCAGACGGUAUAUUCUCAGCCCAACUGGCAAACGGACGAUCGCUUCGGCAAUGUGAUCUCGUGCGGCUCCGCAACCACGCUGCAGAAGGACACGCUCGAGCUCGCCGACGUCGACUACGGCAAAAACGGCAAGUUCGCGAUAAACGUGUGGUUCCGCCACGACAAGGAGAACUUCCCUGACUUGCACAAGGAGGUGCUUUUUGGCCACGGCGACCCGGAGUUAUCCGCAGGGUGGAGUGCGAACCAUGUGCAUGUGUGGUUGGAGAAGGGGUACCUGGGUACCGACAGCGAGAAGUACGCAGCAAUCUACGACAAGGACAACACCAUCCGCACCCUCCUGGGCGACUCGAACGACCCUCCGUCGUACACCUGCCCGUACUGCGAAAGCCUCGGGCUCUCGGAGACCGAUACCGAAGCGUCGGGUCUCACGUGCGGGUCGAACCCCAAUUGCUGGAGUCAUCGCGGGCAAUAUCUCGACACGCUGCCCGGCGAGCACGCCGCCUUCGAGACAGGCGGCGCGUGGCACAUGUACACGCUCACCACGCACCCGGAGGGCGGCAAGGGCUUCUCGGUGUACGUUGACGGCAAUUUGGUCGCGUCGCAGCCCUACAACGGCAAGGGCGUCAACGCAAUGGAUCAUCAAACGCGGGGCGGAUUUGAUUUCUGCUACGAGUGCCCCGAAUUUGCUGACUAUUGGAAGCCCGUAUACCAAGACAAGACGACUAAGGAUUCCUGCGUGGACGACGAUGAAAUGGUGCAACGGGGGAUGGCUGACCAUCAGGGAGUCGCGUUGCCGAAUCCCGGGGCGUGCGCGACGCUCGCAUUGAUGCAUGAUACGAGUUCAGUGACGACGGCCUAUUGCCUCAACCCCUCGAUAUAUGCCGGCUGCUGCGCGAGCUGCUCAGGCCUCAAUGGUUACGACAGCCAGUGGACCCCCGUACGCGGGGCCGCGGGGGCUUCGACGGCAGACGAGGAGCUGUUCGCCCGAGGUGGCGACCCGAUCGACCCGAUCGGGCCGAUGCGCUUCUGCGGCCGGCUCGCCGCCUGGGGCGAUGCCUAUACGAAGGCGACGCAAGGCUACUGGAAGGACACGACGACCGCGAGUGGAAACGACCUCGGGUGGCACAAGGACCGCUACUUCCUGGGCAAGCUGGCGCACGCGUCCUUCUACUCGACGGCGAUGUCGCAGACGCAGGUCCAAGCCCUGUACCAGAGCUACCUCGACCACGACUUCCUGGCGACGCCCGCGCCUUCGGCGAGGGCGACGCCCCCGCCGAAGCCCGCGUCCGACGGCGCGCGGGCGGUCGCCCUCGGCUCCCUGGCGGCGCUCGCCGCGGGCCUCGCCGCGCUCCUCCUCUAG